GAAAUAUUGCAUAGAAGCACACAGGUCAACGCUAUGUUGAAAAACAGUGUAUUUUUAUUUAUCUAACCGUAUGACAGAGCUGAAAAACCCUUCAAAUACUAGGGUGGGAUUUGUGAAAAAUUGUGAGGUCUCUCUUUGUUCAUUAUUUUCUUGCCUAUGCGGUAAAGCUUUUAUAAUCACUGUUUACGGCACAUGCAUUAGGUCAUUGCUGUUGGCAUGUUCCUUGUAGGGUUAACGGGAGGUAUCGCCUCGGGCAAGAGCACAGUGUCUUCUCAGCUAAAAGAACUGGGCUGUCCAGUUAUUGAUGCAGAUGUGGUUGCCCGGAAAGUGGUGGAGCCCCAGAGCCCAGCAUACAGGCUGAUCGUGAAGCAUUUUGGACGGGACAUUUUGUUAGACAAUGGAGAAAUUGACAGACAGAAACUGGGGCAGAUGAUCUUCUCCAACCCCGAGAAACGUAAACUUCUCAAUUCCAUAACGCAUCCGGAAAUACAUAAAGAAAUGUUCAGACAGAUUCUGCUUUACUUCAUUAAAGGCUACAGAUAUGUGAUUUUGGAUGUGCCUCUGCUUUUCGAAACCCGUCGUCUCACUCGUUUCCUUACCCACACUGUUGUUGUAUACUGUGAUCCGGCUACGGAGCUGUCCCGUCUGAUGCAUAGAGACGGUUUGAGUCAGGAAGAGGCCGAACAGAGAAUCGCGGCUCAGAUGCCUCUCAAAGAGAAGCGUGGACUAGCCAGCCAUGUGAUCGAGAACUCGGGCUCUCGCGAGGACACUCACAGACAGGUCCUUCGCCUGCACACCAAACUGGAGGACUCCAUGGAGUUUUUGGUUGUUAGGGCUGUUGCCGUGGCAGCCGUGGCCGGGCUCGGCGGUCUGUUCCUAUAUACAGUCAGACUGCUCAUCUCUUAGAAAACGUUUCUGAUUUUAUAUUUCAACAUUUUAAGUUGUUGUUCAAUGUUUAACUCAUUUUUAUUUGACUUCACUUGAUAACUGUCUGCUGUAGUGAAAACACUUUGUUCUUACCACCACCAACAGACAGCCCUUUUAACAAUGCACUUGUUACUGUAUAGCAGACACACAGCCCGUGCAACUGUGAUCAACACAAUUAAUGUGAUAUUAGACUUGUGUAAAAUAUUGUAUAAAAUAUGACUAACUGACACUAACACAAAGAUGCAAGUGUUCUUUCCUCAACGCUUGCUUAUUAUGAAUUCACACAAACACACUUACACAGACCUUCUGCUGCUCUUUGUUGAUGUCAGAUGAUAUUUGGCCUAUAUGAGAAUUAAACUGUUGCAAUAUGAUUGUACAAAUCUAGA